AUGAUGCUCACUUCAUCACGCAGUCAACAACAACAACAACAACAAGGAGGCUCAUCAUCAUCCUCUCAACAACAACAAUCAUCAUCCUCAUCACUCCUCAACAAACAAACCUCAUCAUCAUUAAAUUUACCCGAUUAUCUCAAAGAUAAAUCAACCAUUCGACAAUUUCUUCUCGACUACUCCACAGUCGUCUAUCAUCAUCAUGAUCCCACCAUUACCUUUCCAUAUCGAGAAUUAUUGACAAGACUCAAGUCGUUUGGAAAUUAUUCAUCCACUACAUCAUCAUUCAUGGACAUGUUCAACAACAACAAUAGUAUUACUAAUAGUAGUGGUGGUGGUUCGAAUGAAAAGAUGAAAUUUCUCAUUCAAUUCGAUGAUUUACAAGUGGGUGGAUAUCAAGAUUUGAUUUUAAAAAUUCAAGAAAAUACCAUGAGGUAUAAGAAAUUAUUUGAAUCUGUCAUUGAUGAGUGGAUGACGACUACUACUAUGGAUACUACCACUACUACCACUUCUGCUGCUACUACUACUCCAAUGAAUACCACUACUAAUACUACCAUCACUACCACCACUACUGAUCCUACCACAUCCUCAUCCUCACUCUCACCACCAUCCUCACUCUCAUCAUCCUCACUCUCACCACCAUCCUCACUCUCAUCAUCUUCCUCACAUCCACCUGAACUCUCUCGACUCUAUGAACUCUAUUUUGUACCACGUCUCACACAACGUGCUCUUCCUCUUCGUCAAAUCAAAGGUAAACACAUUGGUAAAUUAGUCAUGGUUCGAGGUAUUGUCACAAAACAAACCGAUGUCAAGGCAGAAAUGAAAGUAGCCACCUACAAGUGUGAUACAUGUUCAGGAAUGAUUUAUCAAACCAUUAAUCAAAAUUCAUUUAUACCUCUUGAGCAAUGUGUUCAAAAAGAAUGUAAAGGAAAUUUACUUCCACAAACACGUGAGAGUUGUUUUGUAAAAUUUCAACAAUUAGUUAUUCAAGAAAUGAGUGAUGAAGUUCCAACUGGACACAUUCCACGUAGUAUGAGAGUAGUAUUAAGAGGUGAAUUAACACGUUCAUGUACACCUGGUGAUUCUGUGAAUAUAUAUGGUGUAUUUUUACCUUAUCAAUUGAGUAGUGGAUCACAUGCUGUGAAACAUUCAAGUCCAGUAGCAACGACUUAUUUAGAAGCUCAUCAUAUUGUGAAACAUAAGAGAAGAUAUAAUGAUGAAGAAUCAUUGAAUGAACAAGAAAAUCAAUUAUUAUUACAAAUUGAACAAGAUGUGAAAAGAAUGGGACAAGAAGUAUGGUAUGAUCAUUUAUCACGUUCCAUAGCACCUGAAAUUUAUGGACAUGAAGAUGUAAAGAAGGCAUUAUUACUUCAAUUGAUUGGAGGAGUCACAAGAGAGAUGAGAGGAUUGAAAAUUAGAGGAGAUUUGAAUGUUUUAUUAAUGGGAGAUCCAGGUGUUGCUAAAUCUCAACUUCUUCGUUUCAUUUCACACAUCUCUCCACGUGGUAUCUACACCACAGGUAAAGGUAGUAGUGGUGUUGGUUUAACAGCAGCUGUUGUCAAAGAUCCACUCACCAAUGAACUCAUUCUAGAAGGUGGUGCAUUAGUGUUGGCUGAUAAUGGUAUUUGUUGUAUUGAUGAAUUUGACAAGAUGGAUGAAUUUGAUCGAACUGCACUUCAUGAAGUUAUGGAACAACAAUCCGUGUCCAUUGCUAAGGCUGGUAUUACAACCACACUCAAUGCUCGUACUUGUGUGUUGGCUGCUGCUAAUCCUGCUUAUGGUCGAUGGAAUACCAAACGAUCUGUCUCUGAGAAUAUUAAUUUACCACCUGCAUUGAUGAGUCGAUUUGAUUUGAUGUUUCUAUUAUUGGAUAAACAAAAUAAUGAAAGUGAUAUGAAUUUGGCAAGACAUAUCACUCGAAUGCAUGCACAGUGUGGAGGUCAAAGUGUUAGUGAUCAAAGUGUUAGUGAUCAAAGUGGUGGUGCAGGUGCAGGUACAACAACUUUGACAACAACAGGAAUCACAACAGGAACUAGUACCACCUCAUCCUCAGUGACAACAACAGGAACUAGUACCACCUCAAUUCCACUCUUUUCACCUGAAUACAUUCGAGCAGUGGUGGCCAUGACAAGGAAACAUGAACCCAUGUUAUCUUCUCACAUUGGUUUUGCUCCAAAUUCUCCUGCUGCUAAAAUUAAGGAAAUUUAUGUCACCAUGCGUCAAAAUGAUGAACGUCAUUCAAGAGUGAGUGAUAAGAUACAAAUGUAUACAACACCUCGAACACUAUUAUCAAUCAUUAGACUUGCAGUGGCAAAAGCUAGACUUCGAUUUGCAGAUGAAGUAUCUUGUGAAGAUGUGAGUGAAGCUGAGAGAUUGAUCAUUGCAUCAAGAUCUUCUCUUUUGGAUGAUAAUGAUAGAAAUAAUAGAAGAACAGAUCCAAUCUUUGCCAUCUAUGAUAUUAUUAGAAAUAGACUCUCACAGAGUGGUGAUGGUAUUGUGGAUUUGAAUUCAUUACAAUCUGAAUUGGUUGGAUUUAAACAAGAGAACAUUCAGGAAUGUUUGGAUCACUUUGAACAACUCAAUAUUUGGGUGACCAAUGAUAAUAUUGUACAAUUGGUGAGAAAUGGCAAUUAA